UUAAGCCAUUGCUUGUGUAAAUAUACAUAUAUGUAAAUCGGAGCAGUGAAGUUGACAAGUGCCAAUAGCUAUCCUAAAAAUUAUAUAAGCUGAGCCUUUGAGAGAUUCAAAAUGGCCCAGUUCGUUACCCAUAUACAGCCAACUCUGAUGGAGGCCUCGCAGGGCCAUGUUCCCCAUCAUCAUGCACAUCAAGUUGGUGUCCAACAUUCGUCGCAUUUGCCACACAGCGGACAUAAUAUGCCAUCGCCGCCGACAGCACACAAUCAUCACCAGAUACAUCACCAACAGCAACAGCAUCACUCCAAUCAUCAUGGUCAUCAGGGCUCUGUGUCAUCGCCACCAGGAGGACACCAUCAUCAUCAUCAACAACAACACCAACAUCAUCCACAUCAGCAGCAGCAGCAUCAUCAACAACAACAUCACCAUUCAAAUCAUGGUCCAGGAAAACAGGCUGGCGCUGGUGGAAAACACGAACACUGUCCCAGUGGUCAUCAGAGCUCGGGCGAUGGAAACACAUCGUUUCUGCGAGCAGCCAGAGCUGGCAACAUGGACAAAGUUCUCGAACACUUGAAGAAUAACAUUGACAUUAACACCAGUAAUGCGAAUGGAUUGAACGCAUUGCAUUUGGCGUCCAAGGAUGGUCACGUUCACGUCGUCUCAGAGUUACUGAGACGUGGCGCAAUUGUCGACAGUGCAACCAAGAAGGGUAACACUGCUUUGCAUAUUGCUUCGUUGGCAGGUCAGGAGGAAGUUGUAAAAUUGUUAUUACAACAUGGCGCCUCCGUUAAUGUACAAUCACAGAAUGGUUUUACACCGUUGUACAUGGCUGCCCAGGAAAAUCACGAUUCGGUGGUGAAAUUAUUAUUGUCAAAUGGCGCCAAUCAGAGUUUAGCCACUGAAGAUGGAUUCACUCCAUUGGCCGUGGCAAUGCAACAAGGUCACGAUAAGGUUGUGGCUGUUUUAUUAGAAAGUGACACCCGAGGCAAGGUUAGAUUACCAGCCUUGCACAUUGCUGCCAAGAAAGAUGAUGUAAAAGCAGCUACAUUGCUUUUGGAUAAUGAUCAUAAUCCUGAUGUAACUUCCAAAUCUGGCUUUACUCCCUUGCACAUUGCCUCGCAUUACGGCAAUCAAGCUAUUGCAAAUCUAUUAAUACAAAAAGGAGCCGACGUUAACUUUUCGGCUAAACAUAACAUUAGUCCACUUCAUGUGGCUGCUAAAUGGGGCAAAACAAAUAUGGUUUCAUUGCUUUUGGAGAAGGGAGCAAAUAUCGAAGCCAAAACCCGUGAUGGCUUAACACCCCUUCACUGUGCUGCACGUUCGGGCCAUGAACAAGUGGUUGAUAUGCUACUUGAACGUGGUGCUCCCAUAAGCGCUAAAACUAAAAAUGGUCUUGCCCCAUUGCACAUGGCUGCCCAGGGAGAACAUGUGGAUGCUGCUCGUAUUCUACUGUAUCAUAGAGCACCGGUAGAUGAAGUGACAGUCGAUUAUCUUACCGCAUUACAUGUAGCCGCUCACUGUGGACAUGUGCGUGUAGCGAAAUUGCUAUUGGAUCGCAAUGCUGAUGCCAACGCUAGGGCAUUGAAUGGAUUUACUCCCCUGCACAUUGCUUGCAAGAAGAAUCGCAUUAAGGUUGUAGAAUUGUUGCUACGCCACGGAGCAAGCAUUAGUGCGACAACAGAAAGCGGCUUGACACCGUUGCAUGUUGCUGCCUUUAUGGGAUGUAUGAACAUUGUCAUUUAUUUAUUACAACACGAUGCUAGCCCGGAUGUUCCAACUGUUCGCGGCGAAACACCAUUGCAUUUAGCUGCCAGAGCAAACCAGACUGAUAUUAUACGUAUUUUAUUGCGCAAUGGUGCUCAAGUGGAUGCGCGUGCACGUGAACAGCAAACUCCUCUUCAUAUUGCAUCAAGAUUGGGCAAUGUUGAUAUUGUCAUGCUAUUGUUGCAACACGGUGCUCAAGUGGAUGCCACCACCAAGGAUAUGUACACGGCUUUGCAUAUUGCCGCCAAGGAGGGCCAAGAUGAGGUGGCUGCUGUGCUGAUUGAAAAUGGCGCUGCAUUAGAUGCUGCCACUAAGAAGGGCUUUACCCCAUUGCAUUUAACUGCUAAAUAUGGUCACAUCAAGGUCGCCCAGUUGCUGCUGCAAAAGGAGGCAGACGUUGAUGCCCAAGGUAAGAACGGCGUGACACCGCUACAUGUGGCCUGCCACUAUGACAAUCAGAAUGUUGCCUUGUUGUUGCUGGAGAAAGGUGCUAGUCCCCAUGCAACAGCCAAGAAUGGGCACACUCCGUUGCAUAUAGCGGCUCGCAAGAAUCAGAUGGACAUUGCUACAACACUGUUGGAAUAUGGCGCCCAAGCCAAUGCGGAAAGCAAAGCUGGUUUCACUCCCCUGCACCUUAGCUGCCAGGAAGGACACACAGAAAUCUCGAAUCUGCUUAUCGAACAUAAGGCUGGCGUAAAUCAUCCAGCCAAAAACGGAUUGACACCGAUGCACCUGUGUGCCCAAGAGGACAAUGUCAACGUUGCCGAAAUACUGCAGCGCAAUGGAGCCAACAUUGAUAUGGCAACGAAGGCCGGUUACACACCACUACAUGUUGCAGCACAUUUCGGCCAGGCCAAUAUGGUGCGUUUCCUUUUGCAGCACGGCGCCAAUGUCAAUUCGGCCACUUCCAUUGGCUAUACACCAUUGCAUCAGAGUGCCCAGCAGGGACACUGCCACAUUGUGAAGCUUCUUCUCGAGCAUAACGCCGAUGCCAAUGCUCAAACUUCGAAUGGCCAAACGCCCCUGGACAUUGCCCGCAAAUUGGGCUACAUUAGCGUUUUGGAUUCAUUGAAAUCGUAUACCAAUGAUCCCGAGGGUUCCGCUCAAGUCCAUUCCGAUGAAAAGUAUCGAGUCGUGGCCCCGGAGGCGAUGCACGAAUCCUUUAUGUCCGAUUCCGAAGAAGAAGGAGGCGAAGAUAAUAUGCUUUCCGACCAACCUUAUCGCUAUCUGACAGUUGAUGAAAUGAAAUCCCUAGGAGAUGAUUCUCUGCCCAUUGACGUGACACGCGAUGAGCGUGUGGACUCGAAUCGAAUGGCCCAGAGUGCUGAAUACACCAACGCUGGACUGCAACAACAGCAGCAACAACCGCAACCGGCUGUAGAGAGUGCCAUAAGUCCCCAGAAGGCACAAACCUACAACGCUGUCCACACGAAAACGAUGCGUGAUGGAGGCAUUUACAUAUCCAACGAUAUGUUGAAUGGCGAUGAUCACCAACACGAGGGACGUAAAUUACAGUGGAAGAGUUUCUUGGUUUCCUUUUUGGUUGAUGCACGCGGUGGUGCUAUGCGAGGCUGUCGUCACAGUGGUGUUCGCAUGAUCAUACCAUCGCGUUCGACAGCCCAACCAACGCGUGUCACUUGUCGCUACGUCAAACCGCAGCGCACAAUGCACCCUCCUCAGCUGAUGGAGGGGGAGGCCUUAGCAAGCCGCGUACUCGAAUUGGGCCCAGUAUCUACGAAGUUUAUUGGCCCUGUCAUUAUGGAAGUUCCCCAUUUCGCCUCGUUGCGUGGCAAAGAACGUGAAAUCAUAAUUUUGCGUUCGGACAAUGGCGAAACAUGGCGUGAACAUACUAUUGAGAAUUCCGAAGAAAUUAUCCAUGAUGUGCUGCAACAGUGCUUCGAGCCGGAAGAAAUCGCCCAACUUGAAGAACAGGCUGGAAAUCAUGUAUGCCGAUUUGUGACAUACGAUUUUCCACAAUACUUUGCUGUUGUGACUCGUAUACGCCAGGAAGUACACGCUAUCGGACCCGAAGGUGGAAUGGUGUCUAGCACGGUGGUGCCCCAGGUGCAGGCCGUAUUCCCGCAAGGAGCUCUAACUAAAAAGAUUAAAGUUGGCUUACAGGCACAACCAGUUGAUCCAGACUUAACUGCAAAACUUUUAGGGCGUGGGGUUGCAGUAUCGCCUAUAGUUACUGUCGAACCACGUCGCCGUAAAUUCCACAAGGCUAUAACAUUAAGUAUGCCUGCACCGAAAGCUCACAGCCAGGGCAUGAUAAAUCAAUAUUCGGGCAAUACACCAACUCUUCGGCUGCUGUGCUCCAUUACCGGUGUGUUUCGGAAAAGAUCUCUAAAAGGUGGUCCUUCGCGGGCUCAAUGGGAAGACGUCACUGGCUCGACUCCAUUAACAUUUGUCAACGAUUGCGUUUCGUUCACCACCACCGUAUCGGCUAGAUUUUGGCUUAUGGAUUGUCGUAACAUUAGUGAGGCCACUAAAAUGGCUACUGAAUUAUACAAGGAAGUCAUUCAUGUACCUUUCAUAGCUAAAUUUGUAGUGUUUGCCAAAAAAGUCGAACCAUACGAAGCCCGCCUGCGCGUCUUCUGUAUGACGGACGACCGCGAGGACAAGACACUGGAGAAGAUGGAACUGUACACGCAGGUGGCCAAGAGUCGAGAUGUGGAAGUGCUCGAAGGCAAGCCCCAGUACAUUGAGAUGGCCGGCAAUUUGGUGCCGGUGACAAAAUCGGGCGAACAACUACAGUUGCCAUUUAAAGCAUUCCGAGAGAACCGACUUCCAUUUACGGUGCGGGUGAAAGACCAGCACGCCGAUAUUGUGGGACGUACACUGUUCAUGAAGGAGCCGAAGGUUGCCAAGGGAGAGCCGCCGCAACAGCCCAUCUGUAUUCUGAAUAUUGUGUUGCCGGAGGCUGUCAUACCUGAUUCGGUUACGGCAUUCUCAGACAAAGUCACGCCCACGUACCGCAGUUCGCUGCUGAACUUCAGCAAGCAUCAGAACGAUCACUACAUCGGGGACAUACGUAUCGUGGACCUGUCGAAUCUCCUGGGCAAGGACUGGAUACAGCUUGCCACCGAAAUAGGCAUAUCGACCGAGGAGAUUGACGAAAUCAUCAACCAGAACACGGACAGUAUUGCUCGACAGGCUCAAAGUAUGAUUCGCCUGUACAAGGACAAGCCCAAUUACGAUUUGCCAGCUCUGGAACAAGCUCUCAAAAACAUCGGACGUGACGACAUAAUGAGCAAAUGCAAGAGCGGAAGACUUUCGCAUUCGCGCGACUUUGAUGAAACCGAUAUCAUGAAAAAUUCAGAGUCCGUGGAGGAGCUUGUCCGACAAGAAAGCAAGCGGAUACAGCAAAUCCAUGAGCGCGAGGAAAUCAAAUACUCGGCCGAGGAGAAAGAAAUCGAAGAAUCAGAGUCGGACGAGGAAUGUGUGAAGCGUUCGGUCGCUGAGAGGCGCGAUAAGAUUGUGAAACGGUUGUCGGUGGAACGACAAAUUCCCGCCUCAUCCCAGAAAAAAGAAAUUUCCCGCGAAAUAACCGAAAUCAAACGAAAAAGCUUGAUCGACGACAAGAAGGCCAUCCAUGAGUCGGAAAUAAUGAUGCAGUUGCCUGCCGACAAUAUCGUGAAGUCUGCCGUCGUUCCCGAACAGGUAAUCAAAAUGAAAAUGGGCAAGAAGGAUUCGUGCGAAGUGAGCAAGAGCGAUUUUGACAAGGAGCUAACGCACAAAUUCAAAACAUCCAGUCGUAGUUCCGAGGAGGAAGACGAUACGUCGAGUGCGGCGAAAUCUCUGAGCAGUCACGAGGAGGUGGACAAUUCAAAAAUCGUCAAAGAUAUCAGCAGUGUUGAAAAGCCAAGCAAAAUCAUUGAUUCGUUGAAGUCGGAGCAGCCAUCGCUGGCCUCCGGUACCAAACAAUUAACACAAGACUUUUUAGCAUUUGAAAAAUUCACCCAAUUGCCAUCACAGCAAACCACCGCAGUGCCUGAAAAAUUCGUCGGAGAGGUUAAGGAUAAGUCGCAGGAGGUAGUACAAACCGCGCACGAAAUUGUGAGCGAGACCGUGGAAACAGCGUCAAAGAAAGUAGAAAAUAUUAUUUCAGCAUUUGAGACUAAAAAACCUGAAAACGGUUUAGCUGAACCUCUCGCUACGAAGUCAACUUCCAAGAUCAUAGAUGAGACGGCGGAACGCAUACAAGACUCCAUAAUUGCCGACCAAAAGAGUGCAGCCGAUGCCGUUAAAAGCUUCUCUGAAACCAAAGUCGACGAAACAAAAGAAUUUCUCUUGACCGAAAGCGAAUCUGUAAAGGAUAAAAUAAAAGCUUUCACUGAACCUAAAAUUGCCGAGGCCAAGGACACUUCGUCUCAAUUUGCCCAAGGUGUAGGCAAGGCAAAGGAAUUUAUCGAAAACGAAUCUUCAAGUGCCGCCGAAUCUGUGAAAAGUGGUGCUAGCCAAGUGCAGGACAAAUUAAGCGCUGGUUUCGAUAAACUGGGCCAAAUGUUUGCCGGUGCAAAAAAGACCGUCGAAUCUGAGGUGAAAGAAACUUCAGAAACUAUAGAAACAAAAGCUAAUGAGACUAAAUCUGAAACCAAAGAAAAAAUCGAGCAAGGUAUUGCCGGUACAAAGGACUUCAUUGUUACCGAAACGAAAACUGUUACUGAAACGAUAAAAACAUUUUCCGAACCCGUAAAAAUAGAAGAAAAACUAACAGAAGCAAAGGACUCGGUGAAAACAGAAGCCAACAAUGUAGCUGAUGCUAUCAAAUCGUUUACUGAUAAGGCAGGUGCUGCCAUUGACGGGGUGCAAUCAAAGAUUAAAAAGGAACAAGUUGUUGCCUCGGACAAAAUUGACCAGACCAUAGCCGAUUUUGAGGCCAAAAAGGUAACAUACGAAUUUCGAGGUCUCGAGCCUAAGGUAACACCAACCACCACCAGCUUAGAACAAGAACCAACAAGCGUUCCUGAGGCUGCGCCUAGAAAAACUGUGUCUACUCUCGACGAUUCCCGGGAAAAACUAGAAGAAAUGAAAUCAAUUGUAGCCGACGCCAGGAAACUAACACGCGAUUUCUUAUCCAUGGAACAGGAAUCUCAGUUGCCCAAGCCACGAUCAGACAUAGUGGAAGAAACCAAACAAAUUGAAAAAACAACGGUUGAGACCAUUACAUUCCCACCAGUGGUGGAGACCACAAUAAAGGAAGGCAACGAUUUAUUAAUGAAGGGUAGUGAAACACUCCACACAGCAAAACAACAAAUUGACAAACAUGUUGACGAAGCCAAACAGAUUGUGGACGAUGGCAUUGAAAUCGCUGCCCCCAUUACCAAGCCCGAAAUCACCACUAGCUCUGUCAAGACCCUAACACAAGAUUUCCUUAGCUUCGAACAAGCCGGCCCAAUGCACGUCACAUCUAGCAGCGAACCACGUAAAUCGUUGACAGAUGCCGAGUUUUGCAAAUCAGUCGAGGAGACCAUUACCAAGAAAAUGAGUGAAGGUUUAAUAGAAAUCUCGGAACAGCUUAAACUGGAAGAGAGCGAUAUUCCACAUUCGCAAACACCACCACCAACCCCUAUUGAAACGAAAAACGAAAAAAGUGAAUAUGCCGAAGGAACACAGAAAGCAACAAUUGACGAAGAUAAUCUGAUAGAUACAGUGAAAACUUUACACAAAACAACUGAAUCGACAUUUGAACGCAUAACUACCAUUUCGACUACUGAGACACUGCAAGAAAUCGUUCCCGAGGCCCAGACUGUAACCGUGGAAUCGGUCACCAGGCAAGGCACUAUUACAUACGAUACUGUCAAUGAAAAACAGCCAACCAAAGUCGAUGAUGCCGAUAAGUACAACGGUGGUGCAGAGGACGAAGAUGAUGAUGAUGACGAUGAUGAUGAAGAAGAUGAUCGCAAUGGAUCUGUGAUCGGUAUAGAUUCAAAGUUAGUUGCAUUUUCGCAAAGCAAUCAAUUGGAGAGUGUCCGCCUCGAGGCCACUGUUCUGGUCGAUCGUGUGCUUGAAGAGAGCAUUCACAUUGUAAACGAACAGCACGAUGCCAGUCGUGAUGCUGUUCUUGGCGGACACGAUAACGGGACCGACAAUGUGAAUAACGCUUUAGGUGUAACAUCCGUUACCGCAGGCGAGGGCACCAAUCGACAGGAAUACAAUUCCGAGAGUGAAAACUAUGCCAUCACAUGUGACGUUGUCGGUGGUGUGGACGUUGUAAAAUCGCCAACUAUUGAGUCGAUGUCGGGCAAAUCAUUCGAUGACAAUUUAAGUUCUUCCGACGACCAACAACAACCGCAACACUCGAUGGGGCCACCAGAGGCACCAUUUCAAAGUGGUGACGAUAAGCGUGGUGCCAAAAUAACAGUGCAGACUCCCCAGGCUAAAGAGAGAAGUAGCAUCAUUAGAACAGUAGAAGAAUCAAAGAGAGAUGAUGAUGGUGAGCAACGCACAGCGACCAGAACACGUCGAAUUGAAUACAAAUUUGAAAAAAUCUCGUCGAAGGUUGAGGACGUAGAUGUAGAAGCGGACAAAUUUGAUGAUCAGUUUGGAUCUGUUGUGGCAGAUGACGAAAUAAGCAAUUUGCAAGGCGAAUUUUCUAAAUUGAGUUGGGACGAUAGUUUAUCGCCCACAACCAAUACAUUGGCUGAUAUUGGUCAAAAUACACCCGACAAUGAUAUUCUAGACAUUGUAGCAGAAACAGGUGGUGAGGUUUCACAAUCGACCGAUAUCACCCCCGUCCCACCACCACCUGCUCCUGCUGCUGCUGCUGAUGCCACAGCUACAGCUACAGUCACAACAGAAAUCCCAAUGACUGCCACAAUAACAUCGGCUGCCACCGUUGCCACUGAAACGGUUGGCGAAGUACCCAAACCCAAACCUCGCUUGGCGAAAGCUUCAUCGCCGGAAAAAGACGAAGCUCAACCAAUAGCAGCACUUGAGGACGCCAUCGAAUUAGAGACCAGCCAAGAUUCCAGAACAUCACCAGCACCAGUUCCAAAGCCACGCUCUCAAAUAAAAACCUCCGAUUCGUAUAAAAACCUAACAGCUUUGGACGAUUCGUCAAGUCAAACGAAAACACCUCAGCUUGUUCAGCAGACAGAUAGCGUGAGUGUGCGUAGCUUCGACCUUACCGAGGAGACGUCGCAUAUGGAUGAUACGUCAGCGUCGCAGAACUUGGAAAACGUGGUUACAACCUCAGCUACCACAAACACCACUUCGGACGAUCCGGCCACAGAAUCGAAUGAAUUGACCAGUGAUUUGUCCAUCGACACCAGCGUCGUUGGUGGGGAUCGCAAGACCAGCUUUUAUAUCGGAGAGUCCAGUCAAAAUAUUAUCAUUAAGACGACACCCACCAAGCUCAGUGCUGUCGACGAUGAUGAUGACCAGGGUGACCCUAUGGGCAUUAUGGGCAACCAACCAAUUGCGGCAACAGACAUUUCCUUAAUGAAAGAGAUAUCGGUCGAUUCCGAAGAGGACAAUGAUGUUUUUAAAGAAUAUGUCACAAUUAAAACCACUGAACCAGCGGCAAGGAUACGGCGUCAAAGCUCAGAGACUAGGAACGAUUUGCUGGAAGAAGAUGUUCUUCCCAAGGAAGAAACAGAAGGUGCCAGCUCUUUCGUCGCUGGAGCAACAUCCGAAUCAUUCGAAGCUGAUUCGAAAAAGGAGAAGACAGCAACGGUCGAUUCGACGCCCAAGACCAAGGAAGACGAUACCGUUUGCGAAAUGUCCAUCGAUUCGGAGGAAGUCAGCAUAGAAAGACCUACAGAACUGGACUUGUCAUUAGAAAAAAGUGAGUGGGAAAUGACAGAAAAAGAAAUUCCCCCACAAGGAAAAAGCAAAGUUGAGCAUUCACCCCAACAGCCGACGCAAACGGUGCUAACCAAGGAAUCCAUUACUGAGGAGCUAGUGGCCAAAACCCUUGAUGAAGUCCAAGAAUCGUUGGAGGCAGCCAAAAAUGAACUAAAAUCGGUUCUAAAAGAUGGCAAAUCCAUCAAAGAAUCACCCUCUGAGUUCGAGUUCCGUUCCUUUUCUCAAACGAUAUCCGAACGAUUCGGAGAUGUGGCAGAACAGGGUCUAAAAACUGGAAAAAUUAUAGAGGAAAAUAUAGAAAUGGUGGAGACUGAGGAUAUUUCGUCGUUCAUAGGCGUACCGGAGACUUUACAGAUUCAGCGCGAGGAACAUCAGCAUCAAAUCGAGGGCCUCUUCGAAAGCAGCGUACCCGAGACACUGGACCGAGCUGCUGCCAUGAUGCAUUAUGCACAAUCCCAUAUUGCCGAGGGUAAAUCCGAUGCUGACAAGGAGGAUCGAGCUUCGCUUGGUUUCAUUUCGACGGGAACGGAUGAUUACGUUGAGGAAACAGUUGCAAAACAGGAACACGCAUCCCUAGGUUUCGUUUCCAAUGAGACUGUGGAGGAAUUUAGCUCCAUGGAAGACUAUUAUCAAGAGAAACUCGCCAAGGCCGAUGUAGUGGAGAGUCGAGAGGAGACAACGCAGCAUGCUGUCACUUCUUUCGAAGAAAUAUCGUCCGAACGUACAAUGAAACCCUUUGACGAUGUCGUGCAUCGUGUCAAACCGGACGGCGUCGAUACAUCGCAGAAUCGAUGGUCUGUGCCCGAGGUCGAACAGUCGAGCUCCAGUGAGAGUUACUACAAGAGCUUCGAAAAGAGCGAGAGUCGACCAUUGUCAUCUGACGUGGACAAUUUGGCCACCCAAUGUACGUCCGAAUACAAAACGGCGGCUGAAGGUUCGUCAACAUACCGCGAAACCACAGAGUACAUGAGUGCAGCCAGCACCCUGGACAGUUUGUCUGGCAAGACCAUUAGUUCCCACGAAAGUAUGCGGAGCUUCGACUCACACUCGGAGACCUCAGCCAAUCUGAUCAGCAUGGACAGUUCGGAGUUGACUGAGACACUGGUCGCUUCAUCCACAGAUGAAGCAGACGAAAUCGAACAUUUGCGGGAUCUGCUGGAUGAGGAGGACAGUGAGGAGAGCUUAGAUUUAGAAGCAGCCGGUUAUGCAUUGCCGGAGAAUGCCAUGCAACAGCAACCGAUGAUGAAAAGAUCUCAAGAAAUGAUAUUUAAACCAAAAACCGAGGAUGCGGCCGCAAUAAUGUCGGAUGAUCCGCAACCGAAGGAGAUGCAACCUGAGACCGCGCCAAUUCCUGUGGGACAGUCCAAACCAAAGGAAGUGGAGAAAACGUGGGGUUUGUCCUAUCCUCUGGAAGAGAGCAAACCUGAGGACAACAGAGACACUGAAGAUAUUCUCUUGUACCAUGGUGAUGUCAGGAAAUCGGUUGAUGAGUCGAAAUACGCAUCAAGUUUGGAUGAGGGAAGCAUUCUCUCCGUCAGUAUGUCAAGCACAUCGAACAUUGACACUGUCGUUGAAAACUUCGAAGACACUGUUGGAUCUUUCGGUGCAUCGUCGCUGGCGGGUAUUGAGGGAUUUGGAGGCUCUUCGCUUCCCGACGAAACAACGUUUGUUAUGGAGAUGGAGGGUAGCACAGAUUACUCCCCCGAGGAAUGCAGUGCCACUACUCCACCGGAUGCUAACCAAUCCAAGCGUGGCCAUAAACGUUCCGAAAGUGAGGUAGAAUCGGCCGAGGAGACCCAAGCGAUACCAGACAAGGAGACACCGGCCGGCAGCAUAGGCGAAGGCAAAGAAUCGGGCAGUGAGUCCGACACUGAUCCCUACGAGACAGAAUAUGCCCGCCAGUUCCGCUCACCGACUGACCGUAAAAACAAUAAGAAAAAGAAGCAAGCAGCGGCCGAAAUGGAUCAUAGCUUUGAAACCGAGAAGCGGCCAUUCACCCCCUCUCAGCUGGUCGCAGAGGUUAUUGUAGAAGACGUUGCCACCGAGGAGCUUGAAGCGGAGGCAUCCAUGAUUGAAGACCGCCGGCCUUCACAAAACAUGCUGGACUAUUCCAAUAUUCCUGAUAUCACAGUCACUGAGGACACUCAACAGAAGUCCCCGAUCUUAGAAGAAGAAGAAAAUGCGGACAAAUUCGAAGAAAAAAUUCUCUACAAAGUUAAAACCCAGGAGGAACUUCACAAGGUGACCGACGACCGGCCGAUUUACCAAGAGCAGCCACUUACCGAUCUCAAGGAGGAAAACUUCCAAAAGCUUGUGCAGGAGCAGUACAAACAAAAGCUGGCCGAGCUGCAGAAGGCCGACAUUGGCGAUUCAGAUUACGACGAAAACAAAGCCCCCGAUUCGCCAGACUCCUUUGAAAUGGUAGACCAGCCAGACAUCUCGGAUGAUUUUGUCAUCAUCGAGGAAGUGGCCAAGGAGGCGAAUGAAGAUGACUUGGGUGGCAAGAGCAUACGCAUUAAGCCCACCAAGUACGAACCCAAGCAUGAUGAAGAGGUUGAAAAGAUUAUAAUCAAAUCGGCUCCAGCCGAUCCCAUGUUAGGGUCGCAGAUAUUCCGAGAUGAUUUGAAUUUCGAAUUCGAGGAAAGUCCGCCCACUGCCAGUAGCGGCGGCACUGGCAGUGAAGUUCAGGAAGAAAGCGACUCAGGCUCAGAUAUGGCGGCCACUAAUAAGCGAUGGGUUGAAAUGCAAUUGACCGAUAACCAGCUGCGCUAUCCAUACGAAUUGACUGGUGGUGUCCUGGAGGACAUCAAAGAAGAGGAUGGUGAGUUCGAAGUGGGCAGCAGUCGCAUCAGCAGCUUCAAAGACUCCUUCUCAAGUACGCCGGAAUAUGACGUACUCGCUGCUCGCCGUUACUACGGCCGUGGCGAACACGACGAUGUGUCCAUGAGCAGUUUGCAAGAAUUUGAAUCGCUGGAGCAGGCAAUAUCCCUUGAGAAUCGCAACCGAACACAUCAAGGAUCGACCGAUUCCAGCAAUGGCAGUUUCCAACGGCGUUACCUCAUACGUCACAGUGCGAGUGGAACAGCACCAGGUGACGACAUAUCCAUUUCCAGUCUCAAGGAAUUCGAAGGCUUGGAGAACGCUUGUAUCGAGGCCCAUUUAAUUGAGAUCAAGGCAAAGGAGGAAGCAGCUAUGCUCUCGCGUUCCGAUGAGUCGAACAAGUCGAAUAGCAGUGAUCGGGAUCAAGGUGCAGACUCUAGCAAUGUUGUUGUAUCCAAAGUGACACGAACCGUGACGCACACAGAAGUGUUGACGGGCCAAAAUUCUCCGGAUAUUGAAGCUCUGCUCAAACAGAAACUUCAGGAAUGCGAGCAGGGUCAAAGCGGCAUUCGCUUGACACAGCAGCAGAUCUUGGACCUUAAAUUCAAGGGGGACUCCGAUAGGGGAAGCAUUGAAAGUCUGGAAAUGAACAAAAGCAUAGAAAUGGGAUCCAGCAGUGCCGACGACAGCUACGACAUGUCUAAGGAUGCCACAAGAUCCGACAUAGAUUCCCUGGAAGUGGACAAGCCGCAGCUGACACGCGAAGAAAGUAUUGAAUCCGCCGACAUGCAACAAAUCGAUGACUUGAUGUCAAAGUUCGGUGCCACGAUAGGAGAAGGCUUGACCACUACAACUACCACAACGACGACCAGUACGGACGCGGAAGGUCAUGAACAUACCACAGUAACGAGACGAGUGGUGACUACGACGACGACACUGGCCGGAAGCGGUCCCAGUUCAACGUCACUCGACCAACAGCUGGCCCAGACUCUGGUCAAGGAUAUUUCCGCCGACUCAUUGAAUCAGAUGAGCACAGUGGAGCAAACCACCACCACCAGUUCGGCCGGUACCACAGCCACGUACCAGACCAGUGCCGGCAAUUCACAAAUGUCGGGCAGCAUCACAAGCUGUGCAUCCAGUAUCCUCAUGGAGGAUUCUACAAAUAGCAUUGCCACCUUCAACAUAACCUCGACCGCGACAACUACACAAUUCUCAACAACCGACCCCAACCAACCGGCUCACCCCGUGAGUGGCACAGACGAUGCCGCGCUCAAAAAGGACGAAGUCAGGCGCUAAGAAUGGUCAACAGCUUUCGAUAAUUAUUUGACUGCGCAAAUAAUUUGAUUUCGUUUUUUGUACUUUGAUAAACUCGACUAGAAUUCAAACAUUAGGCAAUUUUUACGCCGGCUACGUGUUUUAAGAGCGCAGUGGAGUAGUGCUGCUGAAAUCCGAUGUCACACAUGUUUUCAACAAAGCUGGAAACAUCCUCAAAGGGUCUGUCAUCAUCGGAAAGCAAAAAAGUGUUGUCGUUGUGCGACAACAAAAAAUCAACUACACAUCCCAAAAAUCAACUACACAUGCAUCCAACUAAAAUAACAGUAUUCUCUUUGCCCAUGGGUAACUCGAAGGUCUUUGGAUCCGGAUUGCAAAAUGCUUUUGUUGUGGAAAUUCUAUUGGCGUCAUUCGGCAGAAUAAACACAAAUCAUCAUCAUCGACACAGAAUCCAUUUCUAGCUUUAGAUAUUUUAUUAAAAUAAAAACAAAAAUCUUCUAAAGGUCCACUCUGUCCAAUAGAACAGUCAUCAUCGACUAAAGAUAACCGAAUUACAUGCAUACAUACACUACAUACCGCAGACAAACACAAAUAUCGGAUAUGUAUAUUUAGUGUUACUUUUUUUAACAUUACUUAUUGUUUUCUUUUUUACCGACGAACAAAAACAACAAGAACAACCAAGGUUAAUGUUUUAAAAAUCCGCUUAAAUGUGAUUAGAUUUAUUCACAAAAAUAUUUGUACUGCAGAACAUAAUGCCGUUUAGGCCUCACACACACAUACAUACCAACACGCUUUCCAUUGCAUUGUGUCCUCUUUGGGCGCAUCGACUUUGGCGAUCGCAAACAGGAUAAGAAAGGAACCAUAAACAUUGCGUGUUCGUGGACAUGUUUGACUUGAAACCUCUUCUCACAGGCACAUUCUAAUUAAUAAAUUAAGCAAACAAUUGCAAAAAAAAGAAACUAAA